AGCCGGGUCCGCUGCCGGGUGGAGGGGCCAGGCGAGUGUUCUUAUCCUAGCUAUUGGGGCUCCGGCCUGUAAGCCAGUUGGAGUCGCGUCGGCGAGAACGAUUGGGCCGAGCGGAGAAAGUCAUGUUGCUCUUCGUGGAGCAUUUGUAGGGUUAAGUGGCAUGGGAUUUCUGUUUCUGAUAGUAAAUAGGCUUUCAGGAUCCCAGUUUCCCGACCAGGGAUUGAACCCCUACCCCCUGCAGUGGAAGCGUGGAGACCCAAUCACUGGAGCGCCAAGGAAUUACAUACCUAGAGCAGGUAACAUCUAAAGGAACUGGCUUAAAUCCUAAUGCCAAAGUAUGGCAAGAAAUACCUCCAGGAAAUACUGAUGCCACUCCAGUAACGCAUGGAACUGAAAGCUCUUGGCAUGAAACAGCAGCCACAUCAGGGUCUCAUCCUGAGGGUAAUAGAGAACUUGCAGAUGAUAUGUGUAAGGAAUAUGAAGUAAUGUAUUCAUCUUGUGAAACCACAAGAACUACUACAGGCAUUGAGGAAUCAACUGAUGGAAUGAUUUUGGGACCAGAAGAUCUGAGUUACCAAAUAUAUGAUGUUUCUGGAGAAAGCAACUCAGCAAUUUCUACAGAAGAACUAAAAGAGUGUUUGAAGAAACAAUUAGAAUUCUGUUUCUCACGAGAAAAUUUGUCAAAGGAUCUUUACCUGAUAUCUCAAAUGGACAGUGAUCAGUUCAUCCCAAUUUGGACAGUUGCCAACAUGGAAGAAAUAAAAAAGCUGACCACAGACCCUGACCUAAUUCUUGAAGUGUUGAGAUCUUCUCCCAUGGUGCAAGUUGAUGAGAAGGGCGAGAAAGUGAGACCAAGUCAUAAGCGUUGUAUUGUAAUUCUUAGAGAGAUUCCGGAAACAACACCAGUAGAGGAAGUAAAAGCUUUGUUUAAAAAUGAAAACUGCCCCAAGGUGAUAAGCUGUGAAUUUGCACACAAUAGCAACUGGUAUAUCACUUUCCAGUCAGACACAGAUGCACAGCAGGCUUUUAAAUACUUAAGAGAAGAAGUUAAGACAUUUCAGGGCAAGCCAAUCAUGGCAAGGAUAAAAGCCAUCAAUACGUUUUUUGCUAAGAAUGGUUAUCGAUUAAUGGAUUCUAGUAUGUAUAGUCCGCCCAUUCAAACUCAAGCACAGUAUGCCUCACCGGUCUUUAUGCAGCCUGUAUAUAAUCCUCACCAACAGUACUCUGUUUAUAGUAUUGUGCCUCAGUCUUGGUCUCCAAAUCCCACACCUUACUUUGAAACACCACUGGCUCCUUUUCCCAAUGGUAGUUUUGUGAAUGGCUUUAAUUCACCAGGAUCUUAUAAAACAAAUGCUGCUGCUGCUGCUGCUGCUGCUGCUGCUGCUGUGAAUAUGGGUCGACCAUUCCAAAAAAAUCGUGUGAAGCCUCAUUUUAGGUCAAGUGGUUCAGAACACUCAACAGAGGGCUCUGUGUCAUUGGGGGAUGGACCAUUGAACAGAUCUGGUUCAAGGAACUUUCCAACUGAACGACAUAACCCUACAGUAACAGGGCACCAGGAGCAAAGCUACCUUCCAAAAGAGACUCCCACUUUGCAGAUGGAACAGAAUGGGGACUAUGGUAGGGGCAGGAGAACUCUCUUCAGAGGUCGAAGACGUCGGGAAGAUGAAAGGAUCCCAAGACCCCAUCCUUCAACAGCUGAAGCAAAGGCUCCAACACCAAAGUUUGACUUAUUAGCCUCAAACUUUCCUCCUUUACCUGGAAGUUCAUCAAGAACGCCAGGUGAACUUGUUUUGGAGAGUAGGUUGUCUGAUGUUGUUAAAGGUGUCUGCAAAGAAAAGGAUAAGGAAGAGUUGAGAGUUAGUUGCCCAGUGACUGCAGAGGAUGAACAGACAGACUGCACCUCUGCCCAGCAACUCAAUAUGAGCACCAGUCCUCCAUGUACAGCUGAGCUUUCUGCAUUAAGCACAACUCAGCAAGAAAAGGAUCUAAUAGAGGAUUCAACUGUUCAAAAAGAUGUUCCCAACCAGACAACUAUACCAGUUUCUUCCCCGAGUACUGCAAAGCCAUCGAGAACAAAUACUGCUUCACCAUGUAAUAGUAACAUAAAUGCAGCUGUAGCUGUGGCCCUACAGGAACCUCGGAAGCUAAGUUAUGCUGAAGUGUGCCAGAGGCCCCCUAAAGAGCCAUCUCCAGUUCUUGUGCAGCCCCUGCGAGAACUUCGCUCCAAUGCAGUAUCUCCCACCAAAAAUGAAGAGAAUGGAGCUCCUGAGAAGUCCUUCGAGAAACAACAUGAGAAGCCAGAAGCAAGGGCUAGUAAGGAUUACUCUGGCUUCCGAGGCAAUGCCAUUCCCAGGGGAGCAGCUGGAAAAAUCAGGGAACAGAGACGCCAGUUUGGCCAUAGGGCUAUACCUCAGGGAGUGACUCGACGUAAUGGCAAAGAGCAAUACGUGCCACCCAGAUCACCAAAGUAAACAAAAACAAAAAAACUGUUCAGAAACUUCUCUCUCUUCCCAUUAAACUUGAGCCUGGCUAUAUUGAACUGUUUUGGAGGGGAGGGCGUGGCCAGGAAGGAAACCAGAGAAAGUACAUCCUUAAAUCAUUAUGGAUUUUGGAGUUGUGAGCUAUAGAAUCCCAAAAUUCAUCUCUAAAGCGAUUUUAAAAUGCUGGAGGAUUCCAAUCAGUAUAAAUAUAUAUAUAUAUAUGUAUACAUAUAUAAAAAUAUAAUUUUUCUAUUUUUGUUUUUGAUUUUAAUUUGCAGAGAUCUUCUGCCUGGAAUCAAUUUUGAGGGUUCAGAUUUAGCUUGGGAGAAAAACACAUUAUACAUCCUUCAGUAUAGGAGAUGAGGGAGUGAGAGAAAAUAUUUUUUGAAGAAACAUUUCUGUAAAAUUAGAAAUUACUUUUUUUAAUCUAUUUAAAGUUUGGCUUGGAGAAUGCCAUUUCUGCCUAUAUGGCCUUGUGUUGCAAAACAGAUCAGUGGCUGGGGGUGACUGUUGUGGUGUGAAUGUGUGCAAGUAUGAUUGAAGCCAAAUCUGUUGUCAUGUUAGUAAAUGAUUUGAAAACUGAAUGUAAUACUUGAGUAGAUUUUUUUUUUUCCAGUUUGAAAUUUAGUCUGUCUUUUUGACCUUACUAAUAUUUCAUUCAACAAGCUGUUAAACUCUGAUUGUACUUGGGGAUGUGACUACCAAUCAGUUUGAUACUCAAGGAAAGAAUGGGGGUUAUUUGAAAAAUUAAAAUUUUGUGUUAUAUCUGAGGGGGUGGGUCAAAUGGAGCUCAGAGGUUUAAGCUGCCCAGUGAUUUUUCUUCCCCCCCCAAAAUAGGAAACGAUUUCUUUUUUUUUGUUACUUUCUUCAUUACUCUGUUCUUUGAUUAUCCACCCCCAAAAGCAAAAUAACCAAUCACCUACAGAAUUGUAUGUUUCUAGCUGCCUCGCUCAGUCUAGUCAAAUCAUAUAACUGUUCUAAAUUUCUGACUUGAACAUUAAAGUAUUUUACUCUUCUGGUCAUGUAUUUAGAACUUUAGAUCCCAGAAUGAUAGGGCAGACCGACCCUACAGUAAUUUAUUUGUGUUAGUGUUAAAGAUGAAACAUUGUAGCUGACUCUUAAAGUGUUAAAUAGUAUAGAUGUAAAAAGAAAUUUCUUUUUAAAGGUUUAAUUUGGGGACAACCUUUUCUGUUUACAAUGUAUUUAUCACCUUCCUUCUUUCCCUUUCUCAAAAAAAAAAAAAAAGCAGUUUGGAAUUCACAGAAACAGAACCAGCAAGUCACAAAAUUUUUGAGUUGAGGUUAGAAAGAUAGUUAAAAUUAACAUAUAAUUUCUCAGUGAAUAAAGUUGUAGCUCUCACAUUAAAUAGGCAAGUUUACAUGCUGGUGUUUAGAAAAUGGCUAAAAAAUUAAAAACCAUGUUGCAUUAAUCUGUUUUAAGUCAUACCAUUUUCAGAGUUCUAUGUAAGGUGGGGUUUUGUUUUCUUUUUAGGGAUAGUUUGUGAUAGUAAUAACUGUCCCUUAUGUUAGUGAAUUACAUAUGUACAAAUUGAAACUGUAAAUUGUGAACACUGGAAAGCACCAUUGUGACAUAGAGUAAACAUCUUAGUAAUAUAUUAAAAUGAAUGUAAAUGAGGGUUAAAAUUACAUUACUGUGAAACUCAUCUUCCAACUCUAAGUUAAGCUUUGGAGAUUUGUAUUAGUAGGUAACUGUUCAGAGCUUUGAAAACACCGCACAUUUCUGUACAAGCCAGAAUUAUCAUUUCUUUGUAACUUAUUAUUCAGCUUGGCAAUUGCUUUUGAUUUGGUGGAUUGAUAACAUGAUAUAUUUAAGCAGUUUGAAACUAUUCAUUUCUACACACUAUUUUCUACUAAAUGAAACAUACCAUAAAACUACCUGUGCUGAAAUUUGGGGGAAGUUUAGGUCCUUUAAAAAAAAAAAGUAUUAAUAAUCACUGACUACAUCUAUGAUAAAAGUGCUUAUUUUGGUUUACUUAGAUAAUGCUGCAGCUGGUGGAAAUGAUAAACGUUUAAAGUGUUAACACUCUGUGAAUGUAUUGGAUUUAAGAGAAUAAACAUUUUACAAAAA